AUGCUGAAAAGAGUUAAUCCCAACAACACAGUUCUAAUUACUUACUUACAAUCCAUUGAUACUUCUGUUGAAACCGGGGUUCUUUUGGCUAGAGAAGAAGAAAAGAAUACUAAACGUUCGAAGAAGGUUGUUGCUAAAUCUUCUAAGAAAUCUGUCAAAGAAUCUACAUCCACAAAGAGUCCGAAGAAAGUACUAAUUACAAAAGUCGAGCCAAUCCAACAAGAAGUUGUUGUCACUGAUACCCUAUCUACUCAAAAGGAAAUCAUUCGUUCAAAAACUGGUGCUCAUCCAAGAAUCAAGAUGAAGUCCAAGCAAAAGAGCCGAUCACCUCUAACUAAUGUUGUUCGCAAACGACAGGUUUCACAUCAAGGAGUUAUUUUUCAUGAAAUUCCUGCUCCUGCUUCACUGUCUUCUAAGAAGAGAAGGGCAACCGAUAUGGCCAAACACAUACUGAAGAAGAAGAAGGGUAGGGUGAUUAUUUCAUCAGAGUCUACUGCUGAUGAAAAUGAAACAAUUCCAGACACACCAGAAGCUGAUCUUCAGAAAGAUUCUUCUCAUAUUGCAUCAACUGAUGUAAUACCACCCAUAGUUUCGAUUGCUAAGACAGUUUAUAUGGAGGCACGAACUUCUGACAUUUUGGUAAACAUAUCUAAUAUGGAUGCAAGUGUCACAAUGUGUGAGGAUGCUUCGCAUGCUGAAAACAAAGUAACCAGUCUCAAAGUGGAUGGUAUGCUAAAGAUGGUUAAAGGGAGGCUUUCUUCGAAAUCUUCCAGAAUGAUCAAGGAUUCUGUGUCUCGUCUUCUGGAGAAAAUUAAUCUUUGUGAUCAAAACAAUGAGAUGAGGGUCAAUGCUUAG